AUGUCGCGCUUCAACCCCGAAAUUCUCGAAAGACGGCUGUCCCAAUCUCCUCCGAAACGACCACCCGUAUCGCGAAAUAGCCCACUCAGACAACCCCCCCAGCGCCUGAGUCUGCCUCCGAGCGAGCAGAGCGCCACCUUUACGCGCAAACGGUCGCCAACGAGGCCGUCUCACGAAAACGCUCCGGGCGAUAACACUACGGCGGGAUCAGAACAAGACCAACGAGAAAGCGCUGAGCCCCCGCCACGUACGAAGGGAGCUAAGACGGGGUUGGCUGCAGCACCUAGAAGAUCGCUGCCCAGACCGAAUCCCCGCCCAUUACCACCACCAGCUCCCGACGCAGAGGCAGACCUCAAUCCGUUUCUUGGAAACACCCUUCGUCGCUCUCCGCAGACUGGCAUCGCGAAACCUCCUCCCCCCGAGCCAGAAUUGCCCCCCUCCGUACCCGACGCCGUUUCCUCAACCCCUCCGCGAGGUAUUCAUAGUAGCAGCCCGUCAAAAUGGAGAGGAAGGAAUAAACCCCCGAGUAGCUCCCCGCUGAAACGACCGCCAACGCGUCCCGGGGAGAAUGAUACCGAGAACGUAAGCUUAUUCAACAAGAACUUGAAAAAGGCGGGGUUGCGUCGAGGGCAACUUGGUCAAGGAGCCGCGCUCAGGGAGAGAUCGACCAACAUCCGUGGGAUCAAACCACAGGACGCCAAUCGCGAGAAGAAGAGAAAAAGGGAUGAGCUGGCAAAGGAACUCCAAGCUUUGAAGAGGGAUUUGGACUUUGCCGAGAGAGAAAAUGACCGCAUACGAGUGAUGCUCCGAUCCGGUCGCAAGGUUACAGCGUCGGAUGACGAUGCGGUUCUCGAUUUAUUGAAACGUCAUCUUGCUCCCGACGCGAUCGAGUCACUCCCUUCGCAGUCAGAACUACUGGCGAAAGCAGCCUUGGACCCCCUGGCGCUCGUGCCCAUGGGAAGACCUGUAGUCGCUGUCAUCCCCGACUCCGAAGAAGACGAGGAAGCGAGUGACACUGUCCACUCCCAUCGGCCGGUCGUGAUGUCGGCAGCUGAGGAAUUACCGUUUCUUGAGCUAUUCAGCCCAUUUAGCAUAUCCACCGAAUUUACUACCUUACCUCGAAUUGCCGACGAGCCUCUGCGCCAACAGUUCUCAGUACGGCUUCAGGCUCGACAGUCGCCAGCUCUAUUUAGCGCCCUCGUCAAGGUCAUACUCGACACGCUCAAGCUGGAGAUUGUUUCCAUCGACGUGAGUGGCUUGGAGCCAACCGCCAAACCAGAACUCGAGUCGUUCCUGCGCAAGAUCUGCCAGGGGGAGUGCAACAGAAGCAUGGAACGGAAUAUUGGAAUUAUCACAUGGGCCAUGGCAGAGUGGUUACGGAUUUCAGAACGAAGAGCCCAGUUCUGGUCAAAACUACAACAGGAGACACAGUCCAAGGCUGCGAUUCUCGAGGUGAGCCGGGACGUGCGUGCCAAGGCUUCCAGGCAAACCAGAGGGAAAGGGUCGGCAAAGGGCAGUGAGGAUGACGAGCUCUCUUACGCAACUGUAGACUUGCUCCCGUUCAUGGGCCUCCAGUCUUUUGACAUCAAGGUCCCUUCAGCGGGGUCAACAGCUUCCAUCCGCCUUAACUGGAGAGUGGAAUUCGAUUGGACCGGCGAAGCGCAGAGCAAAGUGUCAGCCAUUGUGUUCAUUCCAGGUAGCUGGCACGGCGUUGAUCGCAAGGGCGCUUUCGGGAAGCUGCCAUCUUUGUUUCAGGGGCUAGUUGAAGGCGGAGAGGAGCCCAACGUAGCAGUGCGCAAAGUGGUCGCUCUGCUUGCCGGCAAUUGA